ACCUGCUGAUAACAACACGGAGAUUACAAGAGCAGACUUUCUGCAGUGCCUCCUGAGCAACUGGUUGUCAUUGUCCUAAACAGAACAGCUAGGUUAAAAAGAUUUAUCCAUAAUGUAACCUCCUGGACCUCAGCUAUGGGUGGAAGCAACACUUUCUGGUUUGACCUCCUAAUAUCACAAACUCCACUUUGCCAGAAAAGUGACUUCUUAAUGAAUAGUCUGUUCAGACUGGCCAAUUUGGAGUGUAUUCAUAUUUCGCCACCUGCUGGGGCGUCAACGACCAAGAGGAGACCAGAUGAGUUUUCAAAGCAGUCCUCAUACACCCAGGACACACCUCAUCCUUUGCCUCGUGCUUUCUGCAAUGUUGCUGUUCAUGUUCAUCUUCCUAUUAACAUUUGCCAUAAUAACCCCUUAUUGACCACCAUCAUUCCUCCAUCCACCACCCACUCAGCUCCUUCUCUGAGGUGCCCUCUAAUGGGCAGUGACUUUGGUCUCUAUUUGGCAAAUUAUGUCCAGGUGGUUAACAUUAAUUUCUCUUUCUCCUAUUCCUCCUUCAUGCUAGACUUAGUCCAACACUCAGCACCCUGUCAGGAAAACCAUAGCAAAUCCUACUUUCUACCAAAAUGAAGUUACAAAACACUUUUCCAGAGCAGUCACACUCAAUGAAGGGACCCAGGGUAUAUCUGAGUGUGAUGUAAUUGAAACCACAUGGAAAGAUUAGAAAUAUCGUGCUCCCAGUCAGAUACAGUGAAAGAGCUUACUCAAGACUGGACUAAGAUUUAGAAUGUAGUGGAGCUAGGGAGGAGAAAGAGAAAGAUCCUCAGAAGUGGAUUGUCUCUGAAUACAGGAUGAAAUCAUCUAGAUUUUUUUCUCCAAUUAAAUUUGCAUUUCAU